AAAAAAACCAUCGACGACUUAGAAUGAAAUUGCAUAAAUCAUUUGACCAAAAUUGACAAUAGAAUUUAUUUAAUCUAGUUUUUUUUAUGUAUUAUGCAUUUGUUGUGGUUUGGUCAUUUGAGCUUCCGCGAGUAAAAUUGCUCAAAAUGUUUUUAAGUACGGUGUGAAUGUGAGUCCAGUUCAGUUUGUCAACAUUUUAGUCAAAUUGACAGUUGCCGCCAAAACACAUCAAAACAAACCGAGAAAUUACUCAGUCCACGAAUUGUUAACUGUUUAUUUUCGAGCUUGGAAAAAGUGUUUAAAUUCAAAAAUGUGUCCAAACCAAUUGUGAUUCAAUUUGUAUUUAUUGUACAAUUUUUUUUCUCGUUUAAUUGUAAUUUAAGUUAGAUGUAAUUGUUUUUAAUGUGUGCGACAUUUUAGUUGAAUUGUUUUGAAAAGAAGACACAUUAUUUCAUAUAAAGAAAAGACGAAGUCAUGGGUAUCCAGGGUUUACUUCCAUUUCUUGACAAAGCAAGCGAAAAGAUUCACAUAAACAAACUGCGUGGAAAAUCAGUGGCCAUUGACUCGUACUGUUGGUUGCACAAAGGAGCAUUUGGCGUUGGUGAUAAGCUGGCACGCGGUGAAAAGACUGAUGUGCACAUUGUGUACUGCUUAAAAUAUGUAAAUAUGCUGCUUUCUAACAAUAUAAAACCAAUUUUGGUGUUCGACGGAAGGCAUUUGCCGGCCAAGGCUGAAACAGAGGCCAAGCGAAGAGAAAAUCGUAAAAACGCCAAGCUACGAGCAAUUGAAUUGAUGAAACAGGGAAAUCACAAAGAAGCUCAAAGUCAUUUGAGACGUUGUGUGGAUAUCACACAUGAAAUGGCUCUUGAGCUAAUCAAAGUUUGCCGAUCAAUAAAUGUUGAUUGUAUCGUAGCUCCUUAUGAAGCCGAUGCCCAAUUGGCUUAUUUGAAUAAAAUCGGUCUGGCUGAUUAUGUGAUUACCGAGGAUUCAGAUUUAACAUUGUUCGGUUGUCAAAAGAUCCUCUUCAAAUUGGACUUGACCGGAAAUUGUGUACUUGUCGAUUCAAACAAAUUCCAUUUGGCUAUGGAUUGUAAUAUAAACAAAUUUACAAUGGAUAAGUUUCGGUUGAUGUGCAUUUUAUCGGGUUGUGAUUAUUUGGACUCCCUUCCGGGCAUCGGUUUGGCCAAGGCAUGCAAAUUCGUUAUGAAAACCGAAGAAACGGACAUUUUGCGAGCACUUGACAAAAUACCGGCCUAUUUAAAUAUGAGACACUUAGAUGUAACCGACGAGUAUAAAAUAAAUGUACUAAAAGCGCGUGCCACAUUUUUACAUAUGGUUGUGUACGAUCCAAGGAGCCGAAAGCAAGUACAUUUACAUGACAUCGACGAACUCGGCACCAAUAUUGAGUAUUGCAGUAAUGCUGGAGAAAUACUUGACAAUAAAAUCGCAUUAAAGUUGGCUGUGGGCAAUUUGAAUCCAUUUACAAUGAAACAAUUGGACGAUUGGCAUCCCGACCACAGAGAAAGAGCGAAAAACACCACAACUAUUUCUACCAAAGGAUUGAAAAUUGCUAAGCAUUCAAGCAUUUGGAAUCGGAACUAUCGAUUUUCAGUCAUGCAAAAUGAAACUGCUUCAUCGUCAAAUGGUAUUGCUGCUGCGGCAGUAUCAAAGGUACCAGUGAAGAGGUUAUCCAUGCCAUCGAAGAGAGUUAUUGAAACGUUUGAAGACGAAAAUAUACCCACCGAAAGUCAAAAUGAUGAAAUGAUUUUGGAGCAAUACAUGAAUAUCAAUCAACCGUCACAAAAGCGUUUCAAAGAAGACAGUGACAAUGAUGACGAAUCGUCAGCAGAAAUGGAUGCAUGUGUUAAAAAUGAAUCAUCGCCAAAGAAACAAAUAACACCAAAUCGGAAUCCAUUCAAGAAAGCAGAUACAUGCAAAAACGAAUUAUUGUCACCGACACGCAUAUCAAAGGAUAACAAUUCAUUGAUCAAAACUCAAAGCCCAGUUAAGCACUUUGACUAUAAAAAAUUAGAAAAAUUGAGUCGAUUCAGUCGAACAGCCGAUCCAAAGAGGCAACCGGUGCUCAGCCGUUUCUUUGGUGGCAACAAAACUGAAGACGAAACGCCAGCAACGCCAGCAGCAACGAAAGUUGAGUCGGUCUCACAAAUGAAUAGCCCAGACUUAUUGAAUAUGCCAGAGGAACCGAAGCCAAAUUUAUAUUUUGAUAGCAAUGACAGCGGCAUUCAUUCACAGAAUAACAACGAAGAGCAGAAAAACUCUCAGGGUAACGCCAGCGAAAAAAAUUCGGCAGAUGAUGACGACGAUGAUGGGUUGAGUCUCUGUAGCCAACAUUCGAUACUUGAUAAGUUUAAAUUUGCAGCAAAAGGAAAAAUGACCCAAGGUAGUGAAUGCGAACGAAUGGAGUCAAUGGAAUUUCAAAGCUCACAAAACUCGGAUAAUAAUAAGACUGACAGCGAAUCUAGCGAACUGCCAACACUUUCAAGUGACAAUGAAAACGAAGUUGAUAAUAGUCAAAAGGAAACAAAGCAACUGCCAGGUGGAAUGUGGUUGAGUGGAAUUCAACCGAUAAAAACGACUACAAAGACUGCACAGAAAACGACAAUACGACGGAAAAAGUCAAUAACAGUCAGCAAUACAUCGAAAAGCAAUGCCCAACCUCGACUCAGUUCCUUUGGAUUUCAACCAAAACCCGGAAUGAAGCGUUGACAAAAAGUUUCCCAGUGGACUGAAACCAGUUUCAAACCAACAUUGGUUCAAUAUAAAAAUAAACAAAACAUUUCUACAUUUUAUACUAUUUAUUGGAUGUUAAUUUUUUCUGAACAAUUUUUUUCACUUUCUAAAUAAAGUUUCUUUUACUACGGCAAAACAUCCAUCGAA